CCCCCUCAUCCACACCAGCAACUCCCUGUCAGUCUCAUCCACAGCAGCAACUUCCAGCCAAUCAGAGGCGACCUCUAUGUCACGACAUUAAGAGCCGCUUUCCCGCGCGGAUGACGGAGCGGAUGUUGCUAUAACAACAGUGAGGGACUUCCGGUGUGUGUGCGCCAUGUUCUUGACUGCGCCUCUCCGGGGCCUCUAUCGCCUUCUUCCGCGCAGGAACCUUCACUCGCCCCCGGGCCACUACCAGCAGGGCCAAAGCCCCGAAGCCCGAGUGCGCGAGUAUUUCUACUAUAUCGACCAUCAGGGGCAGCUCUUCUUGGAUGAUACAAAAGUGAAGAAUUUCAUCACAUGCUAUAAGGAGCGUCAGUUCUUGGGGUUCUUCUUCAAGCAACUCCGGAGGAAUGAGACUGGGCGGUACCAGGAUGAUUUCCCGUACGUUUCCCCCUGCGGCAGAGAGAGGAAUUUCAUUCGCUGUGAUGACCGGCCAAUCGUAUUCACUCACCUGCUGACCGACGGGACCUCGGGGGCCCAACUCCUGUCCUACUGCGGGGGAGGGGACAAACUGACCGUUCCAUUUGAGCCGGAGAAUCUGGUGAUGUUGCCGGACAAUGGGCGUCUGUACCACCCGGCCCCGGAGAGAUGUGGCGCCGUCGGACUGGUCAAAUCAUCGCUGGCGUUUGAGCUGAGCCCCUUCUUUGUGUACCCCCCUAAUUCACUGGGUGACCCCCCAACACACUUCCACUGGAACGGCACCCGCAUCCCCCUCACCCAACAACUGCUCACCCUGCUCUGAGUAGUAACUUUGCCUUUAAAUCUCAGUCACGUGUGUAAGUUGUGCCCUCUGGGGGGCGCCAGGGAUCAGGCCGUGGGGUAAGAAGCCGUGUGUAUAAUUAUAAGCAAGGGGCAAGCAGCUUGCAGUUGGGCUCAUUUAUUGGAUUACUAUAAAGAUUCCUUGGCUAUUAUCUCUUUCCUUAUUACUUUUACUCCCCCAUUCCCUGGAGGUUUAGUCAAGUGAUAAUAAACUCCAUAUAAACAAA